UCAGUUACCAAAGCCUCGACGCGGAGAACCAGCGGCUCCAGAAAGCCCUGGAGACUGGCAGCCGCAAAAUUCAGCAGCUGGAGGGAGAGCUGCAGGACACGGAGGUGGAGAACCAGAGCCUGCAGCAGAGUCUGGAGGAGCUGAAGAUCUCCAGCAAAGGCCUGGAGCAGCUGGCGCAGGAGAACACGGCCCUGGAGCAGGAGAACAGUCAGCUGGAGAAGGACAAGAAGCAGCUGGAGAAGGAGAACAAACGGCUGCGACAGCAGGCUGAAAUCAAAGACUCCAGACUCGAUGAAGACAACCUGCGCAUCUCUCAUCUCGAGAAGGAGAACCGCACGCUGGGCAAGGAGGUCGCCGCUCUCAAAGAUAUGUGUGGUCGCGUGAAAGACUUGGAGAAGGACAAUAAGGAACUGGUCAAACAAGCAACCAUAGACAAGAAGACCCUGGUCACUCUGAGAGAGGAGCUUGUCAAUGAAAAAUUAAAGACCCAGCAGAUUAACAAUGACCUGGAGAAGCUGACCCAUGAGCUUGAGAAGAUCGGCCUCAAUAAAGAGGGGCUUCUGG